AUGCCGUAUUCGAAGCCGCUUUCGAGUGAUUGCGAAGAACAGACUUCCUCACCAGCACCUCAAUACACUUACAUGGGUCGACUGGUGACAUAUGAACGACCGGCUCUGCGAAAAUCAAAAUCGCUCCACCAUCGAUCAAAGAAAUAUGUCUAUGACUAUGAUUCAUACUCAUCGUCGGCUGACGAUGAUCCAAAUAAACCGCUCGGAGUUGUCAGAGUUAAUAAUCAACAUGUUCGUGAGGUCUAUCGAAUACCUACGCCACCGCCGGAAGUUAGAAAAGUUUAUCAUCGUGCACGUUCGCCAAAGCCGAAAAUUAUCGAACGGGUCUUUGUGCGCCGUCCGGCGCCGGAAAUCAUUGAAAAUAUCAUCCAAGUUCCACCACAAAAAACAAAAGUAAUCCAUCGCGAGAAAAUCUUACGGCCAUCGAAACCAAUCGUUCGAACUAAAUACGUUUAUUUACGACCCGAAGACGAACAACCCCGACAACAGCAGGAUGUUUUCACGUCAUCCGUAAAUCUACAGCCAAGUGUUAGUUACACGCAAACAAUGGCGCCAACCUAUGCCUAUUCACGAAAGAUAGUCAAUCCACAACCGAUUCCCGCAACUUGCUAUUCCUAUCAAUACCCACAAUAUUAA